UAUCCAGUAGUAGCUUGGGUUGACUGCAGAUAGUUUUUUCCACUAAUACAUUUCUUUGCCUUUGUUUUUGGAUAGAAGUCCUUUAUCAUGAACAGGACCCCUGCACUCUGUCCACGGACAAUGAUGGUAACCAAUAGUCCUCUUUAUCAUCAUAUCUUAUCCAGUGAAAAUGGGACAUUGGAUGAUGAGCCGGAUACUGAUACACCAUAUGACUAUUAUGACUACUACGCUGGAUAUGUCGAUUUGUCUGGAUUUUCCUGUGUUUAUGAAGAUCAUGGAGCUAGCAUUCUUCCUGUGCUAUACUCCCUGUUUUUUGUGAUGGGCCUUCUGAGUAACACAAUGGUGAUCUGGGUGGUAUUGAUGGGUGUGAAGCUGAGAAGUAUGACUGACAUCUGUCUUCUGAACCUGGCUUUAGCUGACAUGCUCUUGGUCUGCUCCCUCCCCUUCCUGGCACACUAUGCCAGAGACCAGUGGAUUUUUGGAGAUGUUAUGUGCACUAUGGUCCUCAGUGUCUACCACAUUGGAUUCUAUAGUGGAAUAUUCUUUAUCGUACUGAUGAGUGUUGAUCAGUACUUAGCUGUAGUUCAUGCUGUGUUUGCCCUGAGAGUCAGAACAAGGACAUAUGGGAUCUCAGCAAGUGUGGUCACAUGGAUUGUUGCUGUUUCUGCAUCCUUUCCCGAAUUGAUGCACCUAAAAACCACAGAAAACAAUCAAAAAAAAUAUUGCAUAUCUUGCCCAACAAAUGAUCAAAAUUCUUACCUUUCUUCAAGGACUUUUGGUAUCUUGAAAAUGAAUGUCUUGGGUUUAAUUCUACCUCUUAUUGUGAUUGGAUUUUGUUACUCAAUGAUUUUAAAGAGACUCUUGACAGCUCAUUCUACCAGGAGGCAGUCCAUGCUCCUUGUCAUCAUGGUGAUGGUGGUCUUCUUAUGCUGUUGGGCUCCAUACAAUAUCACAGCUUUUGUGAAAGCCUUAGAACUGAAUGAGCUCAUAACUCAAUCUUGUGACAGGAGUAAGGCAAUCAAUCUAAGUCUGCAAAUUACAGAAGCUUUGGCUUAUUCACACAGUUGCCUAAACCCCAUUUUUUAUGUGUUUGUGAGAGAGAAAUUUAGAAGGCAUCUUUUCAAACUCCUGUACAGGACACCUUGGACUAGACUACCAUUUGUAAAGAAAUACAUUACACAGGCCACUGUAUCUGUUUAUUCACAUGGCACCAAUGAUGAGAGAACUAGUACAACAGUUUAAAUUUGAAAAAGACAGUCAAAAAUAUUUUUUUUAAGCAGGGUAGUCCUGCAACUGUGCAACUGGUGCGCCCAAAACAUAAUUCCUUAUAAUGCAUAUAGGCGGGGGCCAAGAUGGCGUCUUGCUGAGUAGAUCUGUUAUUUGCACCUGUUCUAGUUAGGGGAGGAUUUUUUUGGUCAACGGGUCAUUAUUUUGCCCCUAUGGCGGAUGAUUUUAUUCAUUAAAAGCUGCAAAACAAAAGCUAGAUCCCGCCUUUGAAUUUAAUGGGCAAAAAAAAAAACAGUUAAUAGGAACCUGCUUGCCACGUGGAAUUUGGACAGUCUGAUGUCUUGUGAAUCUCUUGAACAAAACAUGGAUGUCUCCAUGCCUGAAUCCGGAGAAACCUCCCUAAGAUCACAAGAUAAGUUUGAAAAGGAUUUUGACGGAUGUGCUACACCCAGCAAAAGUCCUCCUGGAAAAAAGAAAAAAGCUGAUAGUGCUGUAUCACUUACCAAGAUAUUCGACGCAAUUCAGUCCCUGAACUCCAAGCAAGACGCGGUUUUUCAAAAGAUAACUCACAUCGAGAACUCCAUUGAGAUCACAACUGCGGCUGUUAACUCUUUAUCUGACACCGUCAAUCGACUCCUUUCAGAUGUUGCCACUCACGGCGAAAGGAUCGGUAAGGCCGAAACUUCGAUACAACACAUGCAACAGGAGAAUGUAUCUCUCAAGUCUAGAGUCGAAGAGCUAGAAAGAUACAGCUGCAGAUGGUGUUUGAAAUUGCUUGGAGUGAAAGAACGUGACGAAGAAAAUGUCUGAACGAUCACCAUCAAUCAUCUUGCCAGGGUGGUCCCGCGAAUCAAAGAUAAGCUGGAGGAGGCUAUGGAUGUGGUCCAUCGUGUAGGCAAACAACGACCAGAUGGCUCGCCGAGACACAUCAUCAUUAGAUUCGCCACACGGAGGUACUGCGACAUCUUAUGGAUGGAAGCUAAGAAUUCUCUCUAUCUGAGAGAGAGCACACUCUCUAUGUAAAGGAAUCCAAAGCGGACAUUGACAGUCGGAAUAAACUUUGGCCCCUUGUCCUGGCGGCACAGAAGGAGGGAAAGAAGGCCGGCUUCAGCAGUCCCUUUGAUGUUAUCAAUAACAAGAGAAUCGCUGCCAAUUAAGCACAGCAUCCGUAAACUGACUACAGUUUUCCGGUCACGUUCGAUUAAUUUUUUUUCUGCACGUUUGCCCAGUUAUAUCGUUUACUUUCUUCUAAGGGCUUUUCGACCUUAAUAUACUACUAAUUUCCAGAUCCUUCUUAAAGGAAACAGCGUUAGUUACAGAACUUUCAUGUUAGGUGUUCAAUAGCUACACUUUGUGGUUGUCAUUUUCGUUUUCUUUCUUUUUCCCUCUCAUAAUUUAUCACACCUUUAUUUUUUAAUAGACAAUUUCAAGUUUAAACAGCUGAACAUUGUUUCUUUAAAUGUGCGGGGCUUAAGAGAUGACAUUAAAAUGGGGUGAUAUGGUUUAUUUUAGUCAUGGGUCAAAUAAUUCAGCUGGUGUUCUUAUUUUAAUUCAUACAUUUAAAGGAGAUAUUGUUAAUUCUAUGUCCUCCCCUGAAGGCAGAUGGGUUAUUCUAACUGUUAAAUUAGAUAAUGCCAUCUUUAUUAUCUGUAAUACAGGUCCUUCUCAAAAAAUUUGCAUAUUGUGAUAAAGUUAAUUAUUUUCCAUAAUGUAAUGAUAAAAAUUAAACUUUCAUAUAUUUUAGAUUCAUUGCACACUAACUUAAAUAUUUCAGGUCUUUUAUUGUUUUAAUACUGAUGAUUUUGGCAUACAGCUCAUGAAAACCCAAAAUUCCUAUCUCAAAAAAUUAGCAUAUCAUGAAAAGGUUCUCUAAACAUGCUAUUAACCUAAUCAUCUGAAUCAACUAAUUAACUCUAAACACCUGCAAAAGAUUCCUGAGGCUUUUAAAAACUCCCAGCCUGGUUCAUUACUCAAAACCGCAAUCAUGGGUAAGACUGCCGACCUGACUGCUGUCCAGAAGGCCAUCAUUGACACCCUCAAGCGAGAGGGUAAGACACAGAAAGAAAUUUCUGAACGAAUAGGCUGUUCCCAGAGUGCUGUAUCAAGGCACCUCAGUGGGAAGUCUGUGGGAAGGAAAAAGUGUGGCAAAAAACGCUGCACACCUAGAAGUGUUGACCGGACCCUGAGGAAGAUUGUGGAGAAGGACCGAUUCCAGACCU